AUGUCGUCGGCUCUCGAGGCCAAGAUUGUCGUCUUGGGCUCUCAGGGCGUCGGCAAGACGUCCCUCGUCAUGCGCUAUUGCAAGGGCGCGUUCGAGCCGAGCCAGAUCACGAGCACUGUCGGCGCGAGCUUCCUGACCAAGCGCGUGGUGGACAUCGACACAGACACUACCGUGCGGUUACAAAUAUGGGAUACUGCCGGCCAAGAACGCUUCCGUUCCAUCUCGCGCCUCUAUUACCGGGGCGCCAACGCCUGUAUCCUCUGCUAUUCCAUUACCGACGCGCAAUCCUUCGUCGACAUGGGCGCCUGGCUAUCCGAGCUGCGCCGCAACCUCCCCCACGAUGUCGUCCUCCAUAUCGUCGGCACCAAGUCCGACGUCGUCGCCCGCGAUCCUAGCCUGCGCGAGGUCCCCUUCGAGCGCUGCAUCGCCUACGUCGCCGAGAAUCUCGCCCCGGGCCUGGGCUCCACCCCGCCCCCGACCGCCGGCAGUCCACUCGCCGCCGCCAACUCGAUCGAGUCUCCCUCCGCCGAGCCGCGCAGCCCGACGUCCAAGCGCAGCUCCGGCUUCUGGGGCCAGGAGGCCGGCUGGGACGCAUGUCACGAGAUCUCGGCUGAGUCCGGCGAGGGCGUGGAGGAGGUCUUCCGUGUGGUCACGCGCAAGCUGGUCGAGCAGAACCGCAAGAUCCAGGCCGCCAUCCUGGCCGCCACCAGCUCCACGCCCGGCGCCACCCCCUACGACGCCGUGAGCAGCGCCGGCGGCACCGCACUCGAUGGCGGCGGGUCUGCCGGCUACUUCGACUAUGCCCGGCCCAGCACCGGCAGCUUCAGGGUCGGUAGGGAUCGCAGGUCCUGGCUGUUCUCGCCUGGCUUCUCGCCCAGCGUCACCAUCGAGAGGGGUGGCCAGUCCGGUCUGCAGAGUCAGUACCACCAGCAGACUAGCGACGAUCAUGAGGUUAGGCGAGGAAAGAAGUGCUGCUGA